AUGCGCCCUAAUUCAAACGAGCAAGCCAUAGGGACUACCGUCGAGGCACAUGGCGACCAGUCCACCGGUCCAAAGCAUAACGAGACAGCUGAAGGAACCGCGGCCGAGGCGCAUGAGCUCUUUACGGAUGAAGAGCUUGUUGAGGUCUUCAGAGUGUUGUUCAACUCGGGCAACACGGGCAUUUUUCGAUCUUCGUUAACGUCCGGCAAGCUCAAUCAAAUAAUUCAAACGCUAGUCUCCAUCUACGGCUUUACCUCCCCUUUUCGCAUGGACUACAUCAACACACACAUGGGAAAGAUACCAGGCCACUACGCGAUCGAAUCGUUCCAUAAACAAUGGUGCGCCAGGGGAGAGUUUAGCCGAUGGCAAUAUUAUUAUCCCGAUUACAUUGCAUUUCAAAGCUUGUACGACAUUGACAACACUGGAGCCCAUGUUGGCUUCAUCGCAGGUACGGAGUCUGACGGUUGGACCUGGACCAUCAUCCACCAGCCUAUUCCUUAG